GAUAUCCAACAGCUGCUGAUCGCAUCCAACCCUCAGGCUGCUUAUGACUUCUGUGAACACUACAGCCCCGACUGUGACUCCCCCUUACCCAAGACCCAGUCCCAGGAYCCCAACACAUACAAGGGUGCCAAGGGCAAUGCUGACAAACGCAAACCUGUGGUAGUUAAGACAGACAAACCUAUAGUCGUGAAGGCAGACAAACCUAUAGUCGUGAAGGCGGCCAAACCUAUAGUCGUUAAGGCGGCCAAACCUAUCGUCGUUAAGUUAGAAAAACCUGUAGUCGUUAAGGCGGACAAACCUAUAGUCGUUAAGGCUCCCAAACCUGUAGUAGUUAAGUCGGCAAAACCUGCCUCAUCCAAACCUGCGAAAGCAGAGCAUGCCAAACUUGAGGCCACAGCCAAACCAGCUAAAGCCGUACCUGCUGCCACCAAGCCCACCAAAGCCAAACUUUACCCGGCCAAACCAGCCAAAGCCAAACCUACUGCAAUUGAAGUUCUCCUGAACAAGAUCAAACCCACUACAGUCACACCAGUGGCCAAGCCCACACCUGCUGCGAAAAAGGCAGAAAAAAAAGUAAAUGGCAAACCUAUAGUUGAGAAGAAAGUAAAUGGUGAGGCCAAAAUCAAUGGCAAUGCCAAACCUAUAGUUGGGAAGAAAGUAAAUGGUAAUYCCAAGGUCAAUGGCAAACCUGUAGUUGAGAAGAAAGUAAAUGGUGAGGCCAAAGUUAAUGGCAAUGGUAAAUCCGCUGAGGAUAAGAAAGUGAGUGGUAAUGGCAAAAGCGGCAGUGACAAAAAAGCUAAUGGCAAUACAGAAGCAGCAAAACCUGAAACCACUAAAGCCCAGACAAAAAAAGAAGUCGCUAAAGUUAAAGUAGAAAAAACUGUGGUCAGCAAAGUGAAACCAGCAAAAGCAGAAACCAAAGUAGUGGUAGCAAAAACCGAAGUCAAAGUUAAAGUAGUAAAAACCGAGGUCACAAAGGUUAAGGAAGCGAAAACYGAGAUCACUAAAGUCAAACCAAGAGAGUCAGUUGUCAUCAAAGUUCCUCCCUUCCUCAAACCUGCACCGAAGAAAGAGCUGCCAAGCCCACAACCUGCUUCCCCUAAGCCAGAAAGAACCAAGGUGGUGCUUGAUGUAAAUAACGUCAAAUCGAUGACCCAAAAAAUGCCUCCCUUCGGCAAGACUGCAUACAGYGGCACCGUCGUCCCUGUGCCGGAAAAACCAAAGAAGAAACAGGGCAACGGUUAUCAACAGGUGGAGGAGACAUUGGUGGCAGAGGAGGUAGAUUUGGCCGAGGCAGGUGGUGAGGUCGAGGCCUUCACUGAGGAGUAUGUGACUGGAGACCUGGGCAUGAAGGAAUACGACUAUUCCUACAAGGACUACAACGAGCCUCUGCCCGAAGGAGAGACUGACAGCUACAUGGGCCCCGCMCUGUCCGCUGUGACAGACGAGGGAGGCGCCUCAGUGAGUGCCGUAAAAGGAGAGAAGGGAGAGCCUGCUGUCCUUGAGCCUGGUAUGUUGAUUGAGGGACCUCCAGGACCAGAGGGACCGGCAGGUCUCCCCGGACCUAAUGGCCCAUCUGGCCCUCCUGGCUCUGUUGGUGAUCCUGGCGAGAGGGGAAUCGCUGGAAAGUCUGGUAUCCCUGGUGCCGAUGGCGUCCCUGGCCCCCCCGGAACGUCUGUCAUGCUGCCCUUCCGUUUUGGAAGCAGUGGAGGAGACAAGGGUCCCAUGGUCUCAGCACAGGAAGCCCAGGCUCAGGCCAUUCUGUCUCAGGCYAGGCUGGCUCUGAAGGGACCACCUGGACCGAUGGGCUACACUGGACGCACAGGACCUCUGGGUACCCCUGGAAGUUCUGGUCUGAAGGGUGAGAGUGGGGAUCCUGGACCUCAGGGCCCCAGAGGACCACAGGGUUUGAGCGGCCCUCUCGGCAAAUCAGGAAGAAGAGGUCGUGCUGGAGCUGAUGGCGCCAGAGGCAUGCCAGGAGAGGGCGGGCCUAAGGGUGACCGUGGUUUCGACGGCCUGCCUGGAUUGCCCGGAGACAAAGGACACAGGGGUGAUACUGGAGGAUUGGGACCCCUAGGAGGUCCUGGAGAGGACGGAGAGAGGGGAGACGAUGGAGACAUCGGACCCAGAGGACUUCCAGGUGAACCCGGACCUCGUGGUUUGCUCGGGCCUAAAGGUCCGAACGGAAUCCCCGGCCCUCCUGGUGUGCGUGGAAACGACGGUCCCCACGGUCCUAAAGGAAACCUGGGUCCCCAAGGAGAGCCAGGGCCCCCAGGGCAGCAGGGUACCUCAGGAACACAGGGAACGCCAGGGCCACAGGGAGCCCACGGCCCCCCAGGAGAUAAGGGCCCCACAGGAAAACCUGGUCUGCCAGGAAUGUCCGGAGCCGACGGCCCCCCUGGUCACCCAGGAAAGGAGGGACCUGUUGGCACCAAAGGAAACCAGGGUCCCAAYGGUCCUCAGGGAACUAUUGGCUAUCCUGGCCCUCGUGGCAUUAAGGGAACUCAAGGUAUCCGUGGGCUGAAUGGUCACAAAGGAGAGAAGGGAGAAGAUGGCUUCCCUGGAAUUAAAGGAGACUUUGGUGUCAAGGGGGAUAGAGGAGAGRGUGGAGUGCCCGGCCCCAGAGGAGAGGACGGUCCUGAGGGGCCAAAGGGUCGUGUUGGGCCCCCUGGCGAGCUCGGGCCCAUCGGUCUGGUUGGAGAGAAGGGUAAACUUGGUGUUCCUGGACUUCCUGGCUAUCCUGGAAGACUUGGACCUAAGGGCUCCCUCGGUUUCCCAGGAUUCCCUGGAACCAACGGCGAGAAGGGAACAAGGGGUCUGAUUGGAAAGUCUGGACCUAGAGGACAAAGAGGACCAACGGGCCCCAGAGGUCAGAGAGGGCCAAGAGGGUCGACUGGGAAAUCAGGAGCCAAGGGUACAUCAGGAAGUGACGGCCCAUCUGGUCCACCAGGAGAGAGGGGACUGCCCGGACCUCAAGGAGCAAACGGUUUCCCGGGGCCAAAGGGACCUCCCGGACCACCAGGAAAGGAUGGACUGCCCGGACACCCUGGACAGAGAGGAGAAGUUGGAUUCCAAGGAAAGACUGGGCCACCCGGGCCUCCAGGUGUUGUUGGACCUCAGGGUCCCUCAGGAGAGACUGGCCCCCUGGGCGAGCGCGGUCACCCCGGGCCUCCAGGACCACCAGGCGAGCAGGGACUCUCCGGACCAUCUGGCAAGGAGGGAACGAAGGGAGACCCUGGUCCCCUAGGCGGCCCCGGGAAAGACGGCCCCUCAGGACUGAGAGGCUUCCCCGGAGAGAGAGGAAUGCCUGGCACCCCGGGAGGUGGCGGACUGAAAGGAAGUGAAGGCCCAGCAGGACCUCCCGGAACAGCUGGAUCCCCAGGUGAGAGAGGACAGGCAGGCAGCGGAGGUCCCAUCGGACCCCCAGGAAGACCCGGCCCACAGGGGCCUCCGGGACCAUCAGGAGAGAAGGGAGUGCCUGGUGAGAAAGGUCCGAUCGGCCCAGCUGGGCGUGACGGUGUCCAGGGCCCAGUGGGUCUGCCAGGUGCAGCCGGAUCCAUCGGAGUUCCAGGAGAGGACGGAGACAAGGGUGAGGUUGGAGAGCACGGCCAGAAGGGAGCGAAGGGCGGCAAAGGAGAGCAUGGUCCUCCCGGUCCACCAGGGCCAAUGGGUCCACUCGGUCAACCCGGCGCUGCUGGAGCUGAUGGAGAACUAGGAGCCAGAGGUCAGCAGGGGCCAUUUGGAACCAAGGGAGAUGAAGGAUCAAGAGGAUUCCCAGGGGCCCCAGGUCCUAUUGGACUGCAGGGAUUGCCAGGCCCAUCAGGAGAGAAGGGRGAGACUGGAGAUGUCGGACCAAUGGGUCCACCUGGCCCCCCAGGACCCCGUGGCCCUGCUGGUCCCAGCGGUGCUGAYGGUCCUCAAGGUCCUCCUGGUGGUCUGGGUAACCCUGGAAACCUGGGAGAUAAGGGAGAGCCUGGUGAAGCUGGACCACCUGGAAUCGGAGGAGAGCCAGGAAAGAAGGGCCCACGUGGAGAGCACGGUGACAAGGGAGAGGCGGGACAACCUGGUGCUUCUGGCCCUGCGGGUGGAAGAGGAGGCCCUGGAGACGACGGACCCAAAGGAAACCCUGGCCCUGUUGGUUUCCCUGGCGACCCCGGUCCCCCUGGUGAACUCGGUCCCAGAGGUCAAGAUGGAGCAAAGGGAGAGAGAGGAGAGGAYGGUGAACAAGGACAAGCUGGAUCUCCAGGACCCACUGGUGAGAAUGGACCUCCUGGUGGACCUGGAAAGAGGGGUCUUGCUGGAACGAGAGGACCAGAGGGACGACAAGGAGAGAAGGGAACUAAGGGAGACUCAGGUGCUAACGGACCACCAGGAAAGACAGGCCCCGUCGGACCUCAGGGUCAACCAGGGAAACCAGGAACGGAGGGUCUGAGAGGACUCCCUGGAUCAGUGGGCGAACAAGGUUCUCCAGGCCUUGCCGGCCAGAAGGGACCUCCCGGACCACUGGGACCACCAGGCUUGCCAGGACUGCGCGGCGAGGGCGGUGACAAGGGAGAGAAGGGCCACUCAGGUCUGAUCGGUCUGAUUGGGCCCCCCGGAGAGCAGGGAGAGAAGGGAGACAGGGGACUGUCAGGGCCACAGGGGACACACGGGUACAAGGGAGAGACUGGUGUCUCUGGAGGUACUGGACCUAUCGGUCCUGGUGGUCCUGCUGGCAUGCCUGGUCCCCAAGGUGUCAAGGGAGCUAAGGGUGCUACAGGAGGAGGUGGUCCCAAGGGAGAGAAGGGUGUCUCAGGACCGCCCGGGCCUCCAGGUCCUCCAGGCGACGUCAUCCAGCCGCUGCCCAUCCAAAUCUCCAAGAAGUCCAAGCGCUCCAUCGAUGCCAGCCGGAUGCUGUCCGAGACAGACGCAGAAGCGGUCGCAGCCGACGCCACCGGCACAGAGUUCCUGACAGGCAGUGAAGGCAUGGAGGAGAUCUUCGGSUCMCUGAACUCGCUGCGACAGGAGAUCGAGACCAUGCGCUUCCCUCUGGGCACCAAGGACAGCCCUGCACGCACCUGCCAGGACCUGAAACUCGGCCAGCCAGAGCUCAAAGACGGAGAGUACUGGAUCGACCCCAACCAGGGUUGCUCUCGCGACUCUCUCAAGGUGUUCUGUAACUUCACCGCCGGUGGGGAGACCUGCCUGUACCCCAGCAAGAGCGUGGACACGGUAAAGCUCAGCUCUUGGACCACGGAGAAACCAGGCUCCUGGUACAGUGAGUUUGCAACUGGCAGCAAGGUUAGUUUGGGUUUAUUGCACCACAGUGGAGAAUCCCAGAGGGACAUUCAUUAUAGUCCAGUGUGCUAUGUUUGACCUGGAUAUCAACCAAUGGAUAAAGAUUAAGGUCGAUCAGGAAAAUGAUCAAAGCAUUAUCAUAACACUCUGUCACUAAGCAACAUGUUUAUUUAAUGUCAGGUUUGAGAUAUCACA